AUGGCUGUGAACGUGUACUCGACCUCAGUGAGCAGCGAUAAUUUAAGUCGCCACGAGGAGUGGAUCAAUGAGUCUCUACAGAUGAACCUCACCAAGAUAGAAAUGUUGUGCUCAGGUGGUGCAUACUGCCACUUCAUGGACAUGCUGUUUCCCAACUCAGUGCCUCUGAAGAGAGUUAAAUUUGGUGCCAAGCUGGAGCAUGAAUGCAUCCAUAAUUACAAGCUCCUGCAGCUGUCCUUCAAAAAGAUGGCAGUUGACAAAAUCAUUCCAGUAGACAAACUGGGGAAGUUCCAGGACAACUUUGAGUGCCAGUGGUUCAAGAAGUUCUUUGACGCCAACUACGAUGGAAAGGAGUACGACCUCAGAUCAGACGAGACAACCCGCUGA